CAAUACAAGUAAAAGAAGAACAUUGAUCUCGUUUGUUUCUUUCUUUCCUUCACAAUUAAGCAAAAUCAUAUAUAUACAUAUUUCCCCUCAACUCAAAUUCCCAAUCAAUGAAAUGAAUUGAAAGAAAGAAUUGAAUCCCAAUUGGCCGAGAAUUGAAAUCGUUGAAUACAGACAAAUAUAUCUAUAUCUAUAUCUAUAUACACACACACUUGUAACAAGAAGUCAUUCCACCUGUCAACUCAUAGUAGCAGUAUCACUUUGCUUUGAUCUCAUCAAAAUUCCAAAACCCUAAUAAAUAUACUUCACUUAUUUUUAUAAUAAUAAUAAUAAUAAUAAUCUUCGAUACAUACAAUUUUUAUAAUAAAAUUUGAUCUGAUCGGAGGAACUCGAAAGCGAAAUGGAAGGACGACGGAGAAGUCCACCGAAACAUCGACACGAUGGGACUUCCCCGUUACCUUUAGGGAUGGAUUGGAGCCCUUCCCCUAAAAAAUGGAAUGGGCGGGACACAGUUUGGCCACAUGAUCCUCGCACAGGAUGGAGUUACUGCAUCACAAUUCCAGCCUGGGUUGUCCUUCCGAAAUCAAGAGACUCAGACCCUGUUGUGUUUUAUAGGGUUGUUGUUGGUAUACAAUCACCGGAAGGAAUCACAACAACACGAGCUGUUUUAAGAAGAUUUAAUGAUUUCUUAAGGUUACUAGCUGCUCUUAGGAAAGCAUUUUCGAAAAAGAAUCUUCCACCGGCACCUCCGAAGGGACUCAUGCGGUUAAAAAGUCGAACAUUGUUGGAAGAGCGCCGUUGUUCUUUGGAGGAGUGGAUGACGAAAUUGCUAUCUGACAUUGAUAUAUCAAGAAGCAUUGUUGUUGCAUCAUUUCUUGAGUUAGAAUCCGCUGCUCGCUCUUCAUUCCAAGAUGAAAAUCCACAAAUUGGACAAGGAAACCAUUCCUUGAGUAAUGCAGAAUCCAUGGCUUCUAGUAGUACACCACUCACGCCAGACUAUGGUAGUGACACUGCUUACGAGACUUCAGAAAUUGGAACUUCAAGUUUAGGAAGAGAUAAUAUAUCUGAAGCCGGUACAGAAGAUUUAUCUUUGGACGAAGAUUUGACCGGUCCACUAGAGAAACUUGUCAAGCAUGGUAUUUCGAAUAUUGACGAGGGCUUAUUAAUGGGAAAUGCUAUAUUAGAGCAAGUAGAAGGGUAUCCCAGGCAUACAAUUCAUUCCAGAGAGAUUAACAAAGUUUCGAAGAGUGAUGACAAAAAUGGGAAUGGAGGGGAUUAUGUUUCAGAAAAAGAACGUGGUAAGUCAAUCAGAAAUUCCGAGAAGCUCUCGAAUGGGAAUCUCGGGAGGGAUACAAGCUCAUUGAGAAAGAGUGCAACAGUGGAUGUCGAGUAUUCUGAUUCGUUCACAGAUGACCAUGUGAUUCCUUCGAGUGAUGAAAACAUAAUUCUUCCAUUAGAGCAGCAGCAAAAGGUGAAUAGGGUUCUUAUCAGUAUGCAGAGGAGACUGGGAACUGCAAAAACAGACAUGGAGGAUCUAAUAUCGAGACUGAACCAAGAAAUAGCAGUCAAAGAUUACCUCAUGACCAAGGUCAAGGAUUUGGAGGAGGAACUUGAAACUACCAAACUAAGAAGUAAAGAAAACCUUCAUCAAGCUAUUUUGAUGGAAAGGGAAAGAGUUACUCAAAUGCAGUGGGAUAUGGAAGAACUUAGACGGAAAUCACUAGAAAUGGAGUUCAAAUUGAAGUCUCAACAGGAUGAUAAGCAUGAAACAGAACCACCAAAAACAUCUGUGAUUGAAGAAAAAGAUCAAUUACUGCAGGAGUUAGAUGAUACAAAAAAGCAGUUUGAGCAACUAUUGAAAAAACAUCAAGAAUUAGAAGUUAAAUCAAAAGCUGAUGUCAAAGUUCUUGUUAAAGAGGUUAAAUCCCUUAGAAGUUCACAUGCAGAAUUGAAACAUCAGCUCAACCAAUCACUUUCUGGAAAGUCAGAUGCAGAGAAACUACUCCAACAAGAAAAACAGAAAUUUAAGGAGGAUGAUGUUGCUAGGCUGGAGCUACUUCAUGAAUGUGGGAUUCUUCAACACCGGCUACGCGAAUGUAGCAUGAAUUUGCUAAAUGAAAGUGAAGAUAAACUAGUCAUUGAUUCUCCAUCAGUGCAAGAUGCUUUAGAAAUUGUAAAAAUAUGUGAUGGUCGGAUAGAAGCCCUCUUUGCGCAGGCGCAAAUCUUAGCUCAAGAUGAUACCUAUGAUGCUUCUACUGCUAUAGAUAUGCACGACAACGAUGAUGAUGAUGACACCCCAACAAAUAAUAAACUUAGGAAAGUCCUUUCAGGGAUUCUUGUAGAUAAUAUCACUCUAAGAAGACAAGUGAGUCUUCUUGUUCAUCGAGCUCUUAAAACAGGCAUCUUAACAGCAAAAGACAUGGAAAUCCCGUCGGAAAAAUCUUUAGAAAAUAAGUCAUUAGAUACUAGAUGAAUGUACGGAUAAGAAUUGUACAUACCAUAUAUACAUAAAUAUAGCUUUACUAACACUGCGUUACCUUUGUGGGUAAUUUGACUACUUAUUUUCCUUAUAGUUUGUUUCGGUUAAGUUUCUGUGCGCAUAUAUGAGAUUUAAAGAGAGUAUGAGACUUGGUUACUUUA